AUGGAGCCUCAUUUCAGCAGCAGCUACUACUAUGGCCAUGGCGUCACCACUGCGGCCGCCUAUGCGCAUUGUGAUAGCCAAUACAGCCUCCAACACUACGGCGGCGGCGUCAUGGACGCCUCCGCCGGUUUCCAGCAGCCCUCCUCCGCAUACGAUCCUCACGCGUACAAUGGCGACUACUACAAUUCUUCCUCAUCCAAUUCCUGGUCGUCGUCGUCCGGCGCCCAAACCUCCCACCACCACGAAAUACAGCAGCUGCAUUUCGGCGGCGGCGGCGGCGGCAUGGACGAAUACUACGGCUAUCAGGCAGAUGGCAUGGCCAUGGAUCAGUUCAGCGCCAUCAUGGGAGCGGCCUCCAUCUCCACCACCACCUCCAGCAACUCCUCCAGCGCUUCAACGGCGAGCGCACCUGCCUCGUCGGCGGCCGGUUAUUUCCAGCAGCCGGAGGCGGCCGACGACGCGCCGCUGAUCGGGGUGCGUAAGAGGCCGUGGGGCAAGUACGCGGCGGAGAUACGGGACUCGACGCGCAACGGCGAGCGCGUGUGGAUCGGCACCUUCGACACCCCCGAGGCCGCCGCGCUCUCCUACGACCAGGCCGCCUACUCCAUGCGCGGCGACGCCGCGGUGCUCAACUUCCCCGUCGAGCACGUGCAGGAGUCGUUGCGCGCGCUGGGGCUCAGCGGCGCCGCCGGGGAUGACUCGCCUGUGCUGGCGCUCAAGCGGCGGCACUGCAUUCGCAAGCGCUUGCCCAAGAACAAGAAGGUGGCAGCCGCCGGCAAGGAACAGACGGCGGCGACGAGCAGCCAUGGGCAUGCCAGGCAAAACCAGGUGGCUGCGGCUUCUUGCGUGCUGGAGCUGGAGGACCUUGGGGUGGAUUACUUGGAGGAGCUGCUCGCGCUAUCCGAUCGAUGA